CGUUGCUCCGGAAGUGUUUGCUGCAGUGUGUGUUGUUUUUUGUUGCGACUACUGUGAGCAUGGGCGGCAUAUUGAACUCCAAGCCCAGGUUGAUGUAGCUGAACCCAUGAUGAACUAUGAUGACUCUGGGAUGGGGGAGUACUCCCCCAGUCUCCAUGGGACUCUGGAUGCAGCAGGAAUGGAGCCAUCCAUGGAUCCUCACAUCAGCCCCAGCCUCUUGCAAGGUGUCGAGAUUGAUCCGGAUGGCCUGGCUGUGACAGUUCCCGAACCUGUUCAUCUCAUGGAGGGAAUGUUUUCUGAGCUCCACAGUGUGGUUUCGGAAGUUGGCAUCCCAGUGACAGCCACACAUUUUGAUCUGCAGGAAGAAAUGCUUUGGAUGGGAAACCACAGAGGUCAUGCUACCUCCUUCUUUGGACCUACAAUGGGCCGCUAUUCUUCUUUUCAAGUGCAUGCAACUGAUGACAUCCGACACAUUCAGAGUCUGGAAACAGGCGUGCUGUUCCUCUCUAAGUGCAACCUCAAGUGCUACACUCGUGGGGGCCUGGUCAUGUUUGAUUAUCCAAUGGAGGAAGGAGCUGAUAUGCACAGCCUCCUAAUGACUGACAACAAUGCCUUAAUAUUGGGUGGACUACAGAACUAUGUAGCUGAAGUUGACUUGAAUACCGUUCAGGAAACUCAAAAGUUCACUGUGGAGGUCCCUGGUGUAGCAAUAAUGCGCCAAAGCAGUCGUUUUUUCUUCUGCGGGCACACAUCUGGCAAGGUGACACUUCGUGACUUGCGCACAUUCAAGAUGGAGCACGAGUUUGAUGCCUUCUCGGGCAGCCUCUCAGACUUUGACGUACAUGGGAACCUCCUGGCUGCGUGUGGCUUCUCCAGCCGUGGACUGAAUGGGCUGGCUUGUGACCGUUUCCUCAUGGUGUACGACCUCCGCAUGAUGCGAGCCGUCACGCCACUUCAAGUGCACGUGGACCCUCUCUUCUUGCGCUUCAUUCCUACUUACACAUCACGCUUGGCGAUCAUCUCACAGACAGGUCAGUGUCAAUUCUGUGAGCCCACUGGUCUUGCCAACGUGGCGGACAUUUUUCACGUGAACACCGUGGGCCAGCUGUUGAUGAGUUUUGACGUAUCAUCCAGCAAACAAGCGUUAGCCUUCGGGGACUCUGGAGGAUGUGUUCACCUGUGGUCGGACGCUCCAGAGGUUUCAUACAAUGACUACUCUCGGGAGACAGAGUUUGCUCUGCCGUGCCUUGUGGACUCGUUGCCUCAGCUGGACUGGAACCAUGACCUGCUGCCGCUGUCUCUCAUUCCGAUGCCGCUAACCAGCACAGAGCCACUACUGUCAGACUGGCCCGCUGCGCAGGCCACACCCAGCCCGAGACGAGCUCCUCCUGUGGACUCAGAAAUUCUGCGCACAAUGAAGACCGUUGGAUUCAUCGGCUAUGCAGCAAACCCUCGUGCUCGUCCCCGCAACCAGGUUCCCUACAAAAUUAAAGAUGUGGAACAAGACUACGACAGUUACAGUCAGGUUCCCGAGUCGCCGAUCGGGCGUGAUGAAGAACCACACCUCUACAUGGUACCCAAGAAAUACAGAAAGGUGACAAUUAAAUAUUCCAAAUUGGGACUAGAAGACUUUGACUUCAAACAUUACAACAAAACCUUGUUUGCUGGCCUGGAGCCUCACAUUCCGAAUGCGUACUGUAACUGCAUGAUCCAGGUUUUAUAUUUUUUGGAACCAAUUCGCUGUCUCGUGCAGAAUCAUUGGUGUCAGAAGGAGUUUUGUUUGGCCUGUGAGCUUGGCUUUCUCUUUCACAUGCUGGAUUUGUCCAGAGGAGAUCCGUGUCAGGCCAGCAAUUUCCUGCGGGCAUUUCGUACCAUCCCCGAAGCGUCGGCACUGGGCCUGAUCCUCGCAGACUCUGAUGAGCAAACAGGGAAGGCCAGACUCGGCCGCCUAAUCCAAAGCUGGAACCGCUUCAUCCUCACCCAGUUGCACCAGGAGACUCAGGAGCUGGAGGGUCCGCAGGCCUACAGGGGAGCCAGCAGCAGCUCUCUCGGCUCCUCUGGUGAGUCGGCCAUCGGGAAGCUGUUCGGAUGCGAGGUGGAGAACAGCAGCCUGUGUCGCUGUGGUAAAGAGACCGUCCGUUCCUCCCUCACUUUGCUCUUCACCAUGCACUACCCCGAGCAAAACUCUCAAGAGAAAACGAUAAAGGAGUACGACUUUGCGGAGAUCCUGAAGAAGAGCAUCUGUUUGGAGCAGAGCACGCAGGCGUGGUGUGAAAACUGUGAGAAGUAUCAGCCCACAGUGCAGACACGCAACAUUCGAUGUCUCCCUGAUGUUUUGGUCAUAAACUGCGAGGUGAACAGUGCUAAAGAGGCGGAAUUCUGGAAGGUCCAGGCAGAGUAUGCUUUCACUAAAGCCACGCAAAAGGAAGAAUCAGAGCCUGCACAGCCUAAAGAACACCCGCCUAUGCCCACCGAGUGGUGCCUGGACGGCGAGGAGAUGUGCAACAUGGAGGGCUUCUCCACCAACACCCGCUUGGAGGACCUGAGGCACAUCUGGAUCCCUCUCACAUUAAAGAUGUCCAUCAGCAAAAAUCAGGGAUUGGAAAUCAGCAGCUGGCCCGAAGGAGAGGAACUGAGUGCUGCUGAGGAGGCGGAGGGAGCGUCUCUCUACGACCUGGUGGUCACGGUGCCGCACAUCCUCGACGCUCGCGCGGGUGGAAACCUGGUGGCGCACAUUAAAGUGGGAGAAACAUACCACCAGAGGAAGGAGGGAGUCACACAUCAGCAGUGGUAUCUUUUCAACGAUUUCCUCAUCGAGCCCAUCGACAAGACUGAAGCUGCACAGUUUGACAUGGGCUGGAAAGUGCCCGCCAUCCUGUAUUACGCCAAGAGGAACUACCACACCAAAUACCACCUCCGCAUUAAAAACCCCAUUGAUGCAAGCGUGCUGCUGACGGAGGCCUCGCUGGCUCGGAAACAGAGGAAGAGUCACGCCACUUUCAUCCCCCUCAUGGUUAGCGAGAUGCCGCAGGCCGGCGACUUGGUGGGGCUGGAUGCUGAGUUUGUUACGCUCAACCAGGAAGAGGCGGAACUGCGCAGCGACGGCACCAAGUCCACCAUCAAACCCAGUCAGAUGUCUGUCGCCAGGAUCACCUGUGUGCGGGGUCAGGGGCCCAAUGAGGGGGUGCCCUUCAUUGAUGACUACAUCUCUACUCAGGAGCAGGUGGUGGACUACUUGACUCAGUAUUCCGGCAUUAAACCAGGCGACCUGGAUGCAAAGAUCUCCUCUAAGCAUUUGACCACUCUGAAGUCCACCUACUUAAAGCUGCGUUUCCUCAUCGACACAGGAGUCAGAUUUGUUGGCCACGGCCUCCAGAAGGACUUCCGGGUUAUCAAUUUAAUGGUGCUGAAAGAUCAAGUCAUUGACACAGUCUACCUGUUCCAUUUGCCCCGGAAGAGGAUGAUUUCACUCAGGUUUCUUGCCUGGUACUUUCUUGACCUCAACAUCCAGGGGGAAACCCACGACAGCAUAGAGGACGCUCGCACCGCCCUGCAGCUGUACAGGAAAUAUCUGGAGCUGAGUCGUGGAGGCGGCACAGACGAAGUCAGGAAGGUCCUGAAGGGACUCUACGAAAAAGGCCGCCAGCUGGACUGGAAAGUCCCAGACACAGAUGCAGGAGAUGGUCAAGGUAGCCCAAAAACAGGUGCUGCCGUGUUUCCAUCAGUGAUGGGCCUGUGACUCACUCAACCAGGCUGCUGUCACCAUCUUCCAUUUUGCAUCAUGCUUGUAAAAUUCACAUCAUCGUCAUUACGUCAUCGCUUUUCACUUUUAUCAUCAUUCAUCCUUUUAAGAAAUGAUUCUGAGAACAGGAAGUAAAGUUGUAUUGUAGAAUGUGUCAAUCUUUUUUGCUGGAAAAAGUUUUUGGUGCAUGUAAAUAAAUAAAUGUAACAUGAGCACCAG